CCCGCGGAGCCCCGCGCCGGCGCCGUGACGUCACGCCCUGGAGCUGCGGGCCGGGCCGGGCGGCGGCAUGGCGGAGAGCGAAGCGGAGACCCCGGGAACCCCGGGCGAGUUCGAGAGCAAGUACUUCGAGUUCCAUGGCGUGCGGCUGCCGCCCUUCUGCCGCGGGAAGAUGGAGGACAUCGCCGACUUCCCGGUGCGGCCCAGCGACGUGUGGAUCGUCACCUACCCCAAGUCUGGUACAAGCUUGCUGCAGGAGGUGGUCUACUUGGUGAGCCAGGGUGCUGACCCUGAUGAAAUUGGCCUGAUGAACAUCGAUGAGCAGUUGCCAGUGCUGGAGUACCCACAGCCCGGUCUGGACAUCAUCAAGGAACUGACGUCUCCCCGACUCAUCAAGAGCCACCUCCCCUAUCGCUUUCUGCCCUCUGACCUCCACAAUGGGGACUCCAAGGUCAUCUACAUGGCCCGAAACCCUAAGGACCUGGUGGUGUCCUACUACCAAUUCCACCGCUCGCUGCGGACCAUGAGCUACCGAGGCACCUUCCAGGAGUUCUGUCGGCGGUUCAUGAACGACAAAUUGGGCUACGGUUCCUGGUUUGAGCACGUUCAGGAAUUCUGGGAACAUCGCAUGGACGCAAACGUGCUCUUCCUCAAGUAUGAAGACAUGCACCGGGACCUGGUGACCAUGGUGGAGCAGCUGGCCAGAUUCCUGGGGGUGUCGUGUGACAAGGCCCAGCUGGAGUCCCUGAUUGAGCACUGCCACCAGCUGGUGGAUCAGUGCUGCAAUGCGGAGGCCCUGCCCGUGGGCCGGGGGAGAGUCGGGCUGUGGAAGGACAUCUUCACCGUCUCCAUGAACGAGAAGUUCGAUCUAGUGUAUAAACAGAAGAUGGGGAAGUGUGACCUCACGUUUGACUUUUAUUUAUAAUACCAGAAACCACAAACUUGCAUGCUCACGGUCCCCAGAUGCUCCACUCGCUAAAAGUCCUGUUUGCGUUCAUUUAUUCCUUGCUGGACACACUCCGGAAGCCGCGUGGAAACAGCAGGGGAUGAGCCCGAUGGAGAGAGCGGAGGAGUGUGGAUGAGGCUGUCCGAAGCGGCCGCCUGGCCUAUAGCAUUUGAGUCUCCACGUGGUGGCCAUGCCACACGAACAGGCAGCGCAAACGGCUGCCCUGCGCCCCAUGUUAUCCACUGUAUUUUAUAGCGCUUUUCACUGGAAAUCUAAAUAAAUCUCUGCCAACCAAAUGCAAGGGGAAGCAGGAGCGAGCAGUGCCGGAUGGUAGGAAGCUCUCAGGGUUCGCUGUAGUUUUUUGUAGUCUUUUCUCUAGGCACAGCCAUUCCACCUUGUUCUGAGAUCGAAGGACGGGUUAGGGGGUCACACGACGGUGGGGGUGGGGAUGGAUCCCGGAGAGGCGGGUGUAGCCUGUGGAAUUCUGUCUUCUGGAACCAUUCUGGCACCAAACCAGGACCUGUCCCAGGCCGUUCUCAGAAACACCACCAGUGGGCAGCUCUCUGAGCCCAGUACAGAAGAGUCCAAGGAACGUUCCAGAAAGGAAGCUGGCCGGAGGCUGCGGGUGGCAUCUGAAAGCGUCGAUGGUGUGUGAGGAGUCCCCACAGACACCAGACUGCACCAAGAAUUAGUUUCUGCCGCAGCCUUCUCUUAUCCCCCAAGGCAGUGACUGACACAUUCCUGAUGGCAAGAGGACAUAGUAUGGUUCUAAAACCCCUAGUUGCUGUCACUUGUGUUCUGGCUGUGCCAAGGGUACCAAGCCAAGGUUCUCAUACCCAGGAGACCCGGUCUGCAGGUUGAAUGUCCUCCAUGCGGAUAGGAUUAUCAAGCCUACCUGUUUGAGUGAGCACCUCAGCCCUCGCGGAGUGUUUGAGGGAUCAGUGGUCCCAUGUGGUACACCUCCCCCCCACCCCCGCAACACACACCUGCUCUGUCUUCCCUACAACCCCCCCCCAAACAUACACCUGCUCUGUCUUCCGGCUCAACUUUGGCUCAAGCAAUGGCCAGGUGAGAGGUGGACCAGCAGGUUGCUGUUUGAGGGGGACCAACUCUGUUCCUUACCAGGUUGGUGGUGGGAGGCUCCGGCUGUGGGAGGGGCCUGCUGUGGGCGGUCUCUGAAGCAGGUCUGGUUGUAGCUGGUAUUACGCUGUCCAGGGAAAAGCUUGCGUGGGCCGGAUGCAUGGUUCUGUGAGGUGGGCAUGGCAGUGCCUUUCCCGUGUGUCUGGGAAGGAAGGCUGCUUUCUGUGAAAUUUUCUUUCUAUUUUUCUAUUUUUAGUACUGUACGGAUGUUCUGGAACCACGGUACUCUGUGCUUGCUUGCAUCUUUAAUAAAAGACACCUUCCCCUG